GCACAGUCCCGUCCGCAGAGCGCUGAUCACCAGCAGCGGCAGCAGCGUCCUCUGGACUCAGGACGCGGAGCGAGCGGCGGCUCUCCAUCCUGCUACCCACAGCACGGGCACGGAGCAGGGGAGGAGAAGGACAACCACAACUUCAACCUGACUCAUUUUUUGGGGGGGGUUCGAGGAACGAGCCAGGAAAAAAAAAAAACACACACACAUCUUCUUUUUUCUUCUUCUUCUUUUUCUUAAUGAGUAAGAUACUUCAGAUAUGGCUUCAUCCGUGAGCGGCACAGAGGAGGUCCGGGUGUCGGUGAUGACGCCCCUGAAGUUGGUGGGACUCGUGUGCGUCUUUCUCGCCCUGUGCCUGGAUGUCGGGGCCGUGCUGAGCCCGGCGUGGGUCACGGCGGACGACCAGUACUACCUGUCCAUGUGGGUGUCCUGCUGGAAGCCCGUCAGCUCCGAGGAGUGGUCCUGCAACAGCACGCUGACCACCGACUGGCAGAUCGCCACACUGGCCCUGCUGUUGGGGGGGGCGGCCCUCACCCUGCUCUCCUUCCUCGUGGCGCUGAUCUCCCUGUGCUUCAGCUCCAGGAGUCGCUGUUACAAGCCUGUGGCUGUCAUGUUGUUCUCUGCAGUGGUGCUCCAGGUGUGCAGCUUGGUCCUGUUCCCCAUCAAGUUCAUAGAGACAGUCAGUCUGAGGGUGUAUCACGAGUUUAACUGGGGCUAUGGCCUUGCCUGGGGAUCCACCAUCUUCUCUUUUGGAGGAGCCAUCCUCUAUUGCCUCAAUCCCAAGAACUAUGAAGACUACUACUAAAAUAUGCGAGACAAGAAGAGAAAUUGAGACUCUGUUUCAUCCAGUGUCCUCUCAGUAAUAGGAACUUUCUGUCUGUUACACAAUGCACAACCACAGGCUAGAAAAAUAGGAAUAAACAAAAUGCUUAUUGUUAGUUGUCAGGACUGGAAAUGAGCUCUUCCAUUUGAUACUGUGAACUUAUUUUCUGAAAGACUAUCCUCACUCACUGGACCAGAGUCCCGUGCUUUCUUUUUCUGGCAGCAAACCCAGCUGUGAAAAAGAAACCCAAACCAGACAGUUUAAUUUGGGAGUGAAUGUCACCACUCAGAGAAGUCUGCGUCCCCUUUAAGUGGAACUCCAGUAGGUCUUAGAUUUGGGCAGAAAAUCUGGAGGGAACAGAUGGAUUCACUGACCCCAUACUAGGACGAAUUGGUGGACUAAUUAACCAAUCAGAGUAGAGAAGGCAAAGAAUGACGUAAACUCAGGCCAAUCAGGGAAGUAACGGAUUCAGGGAGAAAAAUAUCCUAUUGAAGCGAUAUCCUGAGGAUGACAAAGCGAGGAAGACAGGGCACACCUAAGGAAAUACAAAAUGCCGCAUUUCCUGAGAUACACUACAUCUGGAACUUGGCCUAGCCUUUUUCCCAUUGUAGAGUGUAAUAGCUUUGUGAAAGCAUGUCAUAAAGCUCCAAAGGACUGGCUUUAUUUUUUUGAGUCUAAUAAAAGGCUCUGAGAUAUUCAUAAUAAACAUAGGCUACCUAAGACAGUAAAAACAUUCCACAGCUACCUUCUAAAUGAUAUCAUACUGGUGAGAGGAACAUUUACUGGUUAAUGAAUAGCACAGAGUUGGUGAACCCUAUGGCUGCAUAAUGUAAAUCUGCAGCAUAACUUGAGUUAUACCUGCUUUUUUGAUAAACAAAAUUAUUGUAUUAUAUGUAAGUAUGUGCAAUAAGCAUAAUAAACCUAUAUUCUAAGAAGACCAGUGGGAAGGGAAAUGGCAAAUGACCAUGUCUGCUGAGUGUGUGUGCGCAUGUCUGCAUGAUCAUACCACACAGCAUGUGCUCAUACACCUCCCCAUGUGAUGCCUCCUUAUCUUCUCUCUGUAGACUAAGCACCAUUCAGAAUAAGAAUGUUCUGCUUCAGAAAACAAGAGGC